AUGACCUCCAAUGCAGCAGCGUCAACACCGUGGCCUGUAGGAACAAUGUCAUCUGAGCGACCGCAGCAGCAGCAGCAUCACCACCAACAAAAACAGCACCAGCAGCAACAACCGACGGACGCCAGGUACCUGAUCUCACCCUACGACAACAACCACAAACUACGAAUGGCUGCAGCAACGGGAGCUUCCUUCCCUUACUUUAUGCCUAUGACCACCAACAUGGGCGACUACACAAACGGACACAGCAUGAAUCAAGCAGCGGCCAUAACUCUAGUAUCUCCACCACACGCGUCCUUCUUCUCUGGACUUCAGCUCAACUCGCACGUCAUGUCCUCGUCCUUGCUCAAAGGACUCGGGAGAAGCCUGCCCUUGCUGCACGCCGAUUUCAUGCCCCACCCGGGGGACGUCUACGCCGCUGCACUUCGAGGAGUGGGUCUAGGCAUGGUCAGUCCGGAGGCGCUGGAUGCAGACGUCAAAGACGAGCCAAAGGCGGAGCUGGAAGGGUUGGAUUUGUGGAAGAAGUUUCACAGCAUCGGUACCGAGAUGGUGAUAACCAAGUCUGGCAGACGAAUCUUUCCCGCCUACAGAGUCCGACUGUCCGGCCUGGACAAGAAGUGCAAAUACUUUCUUCUGCUGGACAUCAUGGCCGUAGACGACUGUCGCUACAAGUUCCACAACGGGAAGUGGACAGUGGCCGGAAAGGCGGACCCGGAGAUGCCCCGCCGCUGCUACCAGUGGAUGCAGAAAGUGGUCAGUUUCCACAAGGUCAAACUGACCAAUAACAUCUCGGAUAAAAAUGGAUAUCAAAUCCUCAACUCCAUGCACAAGUACCAGCCCCGAUUCCACAUCAUCCGCACCUCCGACUACAUGAGACUGGCUGUCAGUCCCAGGACUACCGUAGUGUUCGACGAGACGCAGUUCAUCGCCGUCACCGCCUACCAGAACGAACAGAUCACCAAGCUGAAGAUCGACAACAACCCGUUUGCCAAGGGUUUCCGCGAAAAUGGCGGCGGUCGAAACAAUAAGAUUAAGAAAGUCCCCGUCCUCAUGGACACAUCAACGUCCUCUGUCUCCAACGACGGUCACCUGUCAUCAAACAGCGACAACGACGAUGAUGACGACGAGGCUAACGUGGAGAUUUGUGUCGACGACGACGACCAGCACUCCGGCAGUCUCAGCCGCAGCGAUCUUGAAGAGGACGACCACGAGGAUGAGGAGGGCACGGCGUCGCGACUGACUCACAACUCUCAGACAGAUUCGUCGAGUGUCCCAGACAAGAAGCCAAUUCUCAAACACAGCGCUGAGAGUUUGCUUGCCAAACCUCCAGCACCGACUUGCCACAGCAGUCACACUCCUCGAGCCUACUGCGACCCAGACCUCGCGGUUAGAGACAGUCGGAUAAACACACAGAGUGGUCAGUGCGAGGAGCAGGUAGAGUGCCAGGAUACAAGUAGAAGGGGCAGGUUCGACUACUUGACUCCGGCAUAUGUACAACUGCGUGAUAGUUUUAGCGACACAGACGUUGAUCAUAAAGUGAACUGUCUAGCACAGGACGAUAAGACUCUUUCCCGUGAUUCCAACAGAUUGUGUAGCAUAGACGCCAGAUCUUCAGCCUACUCGCCAGAUGGGUACAGCGCCGACAGUGAGUCUGAUUCUUUGACAAAACACAGCAGUAGCAGCGUAUCUUCUGAUGCCUCCCGCGGCACACGUUUACUUGCGCAGCAGCACCAGCACCAGUACCACCACGACAGGUCCUACUCUCGACAAGAGGAAAAGGCGAAGCAACAGUCACACUUUCAGCAUUUUUUCAAAGCCGAGCCAGAGAAGCGGGACCUAUUUGAGAAGGAGAACCGUUUCUUGCACGAACAGAAAACUAUGGGAAAGGACUCGCGCAGUCCUCCUAAUGUGACUGUGUGUCAAAGGGCUCCCGUUGCUCACUCGUUAUAUCCGGUGUGCCCUUCCAACUUCUUUGGAACCACCCCUUCAGCAUUCCACCACCCAAUGGCGUCUAUGUAUAUAAAUACCUCCCAUCCUCAUCUGCUACCUCAUAUGCCUCCAUCACCACUGUCUUCAUCUGCAACAUCUUUACCCCCAUCACCGCCACCACAUAGGUCACCCACAGCAUCCUCGGUCUCAUCGUUUCUGUCUUCCUUGUCCAACCCACACUUCCCUCACUACUUACCCACACCCCACCCGGCAGCGAUGGCCAGAGCUUUUGCUGCCCAGCAUCUAUCAUUCAUACCCCCACAUCCCUCAACCCUCACUCAGAUGUUCUUAUCCAGAACGACGCCCAGCAGGUAUCACCCGUACGCACCCAAUCCCGUCAGUCCAGGCAUAUCCUCAUCGCCAGACGGCACGCACUCUAGGUCCCCGACCCCAAGUCCUGCUAGCUCGCCAUCCAUGAAAGGAGCUUCACCGGGAGUCAUAAAACCCCUGGCCAUCUCCAGAGAGACGGGUCUCAAUUUGUCCACAGCCGACAGUAGAGUGGUUCCUGUGUAG